AUCAAUCCCCAUCCAAGCGCGUAAAAUCCUGUUCUUGUUCUUCUUCUUCUCCUUUCUUCCUUCUUCUACCGUCCUUCUCCCACUCUUCAAAUGGAGGAAGCUAUUAGGCGACUAAAUGGAAUGACCCAUGUCCAAGAGUCUAUUCCACAUGAACAAUCCAUCACAGACAACUACAAAAAGAGCACUAAUGGAGCUCCAGCUGCCGCCGCCUCCACCACCAUCACGAACAAGAGGUCACUGAAAGAAAGUAGUGGUGGUUGUGGCUCAGGUGGUACCAUGAGGUACCGGGGGGUUCGUCGGAGACCUUGGGGUCGCUAUGCAGCUGAGAUUAGGGACCCUCAGUCUAAAGAAAGACGUUGGCUUGGCACUUUUGACACGGCUGAGGAGGCUGCUUGUGCCUAUGACCGUGCUGCUCGAGCCAUGCGAGGUCUCAAGGCUCGCACCAAUUUUGUGUACCCUACUUCUGAUCCUCACUCUUCGACAGAUCCCUUCCUUCCUCCGUUUGGUUUCUCAUCAAAACAAUCUCAGGCGUCCAUUAGGGAUCUUCCCUCUCGCCGUUGUAACUCCAAUUCUUCAAAUUGGCCAUCUUUUGGAAAUCUUCAUGUUGGAGACUUCUCUGGGUCUGCGCCCCAGAGGAGUAGUUCUACAUCUUUUAACAUGCUUCUCCUCCGUGAUUUCCUUGACCCCUCUUCUGGUUCAUCGUUCUAUAAUCAUCCACAAGUUUUAUAUGAUCAGUUUCCGCACAUUAAUGGGUCCUCUGGUUCUUCUUCUAGCACUUUCUCCAGUGGUAAUUCUUUGGUGAAUCCGUCCAAUGAUUCAAAUGUCUCUGAUACUUUUGCAGGCUCAUCUUUGAGUGCUCUACCGCUGAAUGAGGAUAAUCGGAGUUAUAACUCUUCUGGAGGCUCUGAUAAGACAAAUUCUCAACCUGAUUACUGGGAGUUCUUUCCACAAGAACCAUCUGAUUCUGGUUUGUUACAAGAGAUCAUUCAAGGGUUUUUACCAAAGCCCUCCUCUGACCAAAUUGACUCUUCGAAAAGCUCCAUAUAUUGCACCGGAGAGUCAACGGUUGCACCUGUACCUGAAAUGUCUGCCACCUUCCCAUCUCUGGAUGAGUUUCGAAGGAGCAUCAAGAGUGAGCUCUUGGUUAAGAAUGAGCACUUGGGUGUACAUCAUUACCAUGAUGGUCCUGCGCAGACUUCCCAAGGAGUUACUUCUCAUGAAGUUCCGUACGGUCAUAUUGGUCUGCAAGAGAACCUUCAUCAUCAGAUGGGUGCGAACUCCAUUUUGGAUCAUAUUUUCCGAUAUCCAGAUCUUUUAUGAGUGCCUUUACAGCCAGAGUCCAGAAUGCUUGAAGAAACCGCUAAAUUGAUGCAAAUUGCUUGUUAGAAGUUAAGACAUACUAUAGUAUAUGUCUAACAAGCUUAGUUUCUGACUAUUACAAAUAUCUUAAAGCCAAUGUUAAUUCUAGGGUUUCUGGAAAAUCAGUAGCUAGUUUGAAGUUAAUUUUGGAAAUUUAAAGCAUGCUUUGUUUGCAUAUAUUUCUUCUAAUAUAUUCUGUGUUUCUGAUAGCUUUUGCGUUUGACCUUGGAAGUGAAAACGGUUGUGUUGUUUUUGUUCUGCUUAGAAUGACUGUACAGGGUAAGAACUCCAAGUAAGAUAAAGAUCUAUAAUGGCUAAGGAUCUGAUGAUCUUGUAUCAGUUUCUUGCUUCCUUCGGAUGAACUCCAUUAUCAAAAUAAAGGAAAACCCUAAAAGGGUAAAGUGAACUUAUAUCUUCCUGGGGAAGUGAUGUUGCCA